UAUUCAGCCCUAGCUGUGACUCAGUAUGACCAGUUUACUUCAAACAGUGAGGCAGAAGGGACUGUACACAACCGAAAUUGAGUGAAUAGACCGAGGACCUCGACCACAGAGCAUAAUGGAAACAACGUCCUCCCUGUUCAGGUCAGUGUCUCGGCGGGUUUGGUCGCCCCCUCAGCGUCCGUUCAGAGUGUGUUCCUGGAACAGAGAGGUCAAAAAAGGACUCACUGCAGGAACCAUAGAGGAGCUCCAAGAGAAGGCAGCUCAGGCUCUCUUGGUAUCGUCUGAGCUGACAUUGGUGUGUGAGGAAGAUGGGACAGAGGUUGACUCCGAUGACUUCCUCAUAGCCCUGCCGGACAACACCGUUUUCAUGGCCCUGAACCCUGGAGAGAUCUGGAAACCUCAUCCUUUACUUCAAAGAGGUAGCAACAAACCAGGUGAUAAUAAGCCAAGGACAGGAAAAGACAUCGCUCAGAUCACCUUUGACCUUUACCGUACGCACCCCAAAGAUGUAUUCGGCUCACUGAAUGUGAAAGCCACAUUCCAAGGGCUCUACUCUGUCAGUGCAGAUUUUCAAUGCUUGGGACCAAAAAAAGUCCUGAGGGAGGCGCUCAGAGUCAUGUCCAGUCUCCUCCAUGCUGCUGGACACUUGCUGAUCUCAUCGGCUUCUGUAAUUCGCCGUAUAAUCCAAGGGGCGGAUCUUCUUCAAGCCCAACGUACCCAGCCUAUCGAGUAUUGGAAUUAACUGGAGAAAUCUAUAUUUUAAGACUUGAAUCCGAUAUCACUAAGAAUGUAACUGAGGGAGAGACAUUGAGGUGUUUCCUAGAUUUAUAUGGUAACAUUAAUGUUCAAUUUAACAUUAAUGCAUUAGGUAACAUGAAUGAACAACAAUUUUACAACAUUUAUUAAUCUAGGUAAAUGUUCUUUUCUACUAGGGUUCAAAAGUUUGGGGUUGGUUAUAUUUUUAAAAUGUUUUUGAUAGAAAUCUCUUAUGCUUACCAAGACUGGAUUUAUUUGAUCAAAACACACUAAAACAUUAAUAUUUUAAAAUAUUAUUACAAUUUAAAGUUACUUUUUUAUUUUAAUAUAUUUUAAAAUGUUACUUAUUCAUGUGAUGGCAGAGCUGAAUUUUCAGCAUCAUUACCGUCUUCAGUGUCACAUGAUCCUUCAGAAAUCAUUCUAAUAUGCUGAUUCGCUGCUCAACUAACACUUAAUAUUAUUGUUCCAACUUAUGUUGGAAAAAGUUGUACUGGUUAACAUUUUUGUGGAAAUCAUGAUUCAUUUUUCCAGGAUUCUUUGAUGAAUAGAAAUUUCAAAAGAUCAGCAUUUAUUUGAAAUGUUUAAAUUGAAUAGCAAAAUAUGCUAAUACAUUAGUACUAUAUUAUAUGCGGUUUAUUUAUAAAUUAACAUUCACCUAGAUUAAUAAAUGCUGAUUUUUUAUUUUUUAUCAUUGUUAGAUGAUACUAAUGCAUUAACUAAUGUUAAUGAACUUUUUUUGUAAAUUGUAAAGUUACCAUUUAUACCUUGCUGGUUUUAUGGACAAUUCAUGGAAAAAGUUGCUCCAGGAAAAUACUUAGGUUUCUAUGAAAACCUAAGUUUCUAUGCCUUUUAGGAGUCAUUUUAUAUUUUUAGUCUAGGACUACCCAGUGUUACUUAUUCUGUGUGUUUGACUCUCUUUAUACAUGUUCAUUUCAAUUGUACUAUUCAAUAUGUUUACAUGAUAGACCACUGUAUUAUAAUUUUAUCUUCUCCAUUUGAUACACUGAAAAAAAGUGACCAAUUGACUUAAAAAGGUGAGGAAACCCGUUGGCUUAAAACGAUUAAGUAAAUAAACUUAACUUAAUUUUCUCAAAUAGGCAUGAAGUUCAUUACUUGAUAAUUUUAUGGCAGCGGGUUUCCUCACUUUUUUUAAAGAUAAGUCAACUGAUCACCUUUUACAGUAUAGUCGCUUUGGAUAGAAGUGUCAGCUAAAUGAAUAAAUGUAAAAAUGUAAAUACAAAAUUGUUGUAAUGGUGAAUGUUUAGAAAAUAAACAUGUUUUUAAGAUCAA